AUGUGGAGUACUAUACUCCGACCAUCGCAUGCGCGAUGCCUCCGAACUCCCAGUCGAGCAUAUGCCAGUUCCCUGAACCGCGGACGGGUCAAGCCUCGUGGCCCUCGCAAUUCAAUACGCAGACCAGAACCUAUCAGACCAAAUGUACCCUCUUCUGAACCUCAACCCUCGAAUGCAGCGACGCCGCCUCCUUCCGAAUCUCCGAAUCCCCAGUACGACCCUUCGCAAAACACGCUACUCGCUCCUGUUCACAUCCCCGAAGAUCCUCAUGGAGUGAUCAAAGAGACUCAUCCGGCAACGUCCAUCCUGGCGAACUCCGGACUGGUAGUUCAGCGCCAGCUGGAGUUGAUGAAUGUCUUGAUCGGAUUUGAACAAGCCAAUAAAUAUGUCAUUAUGGAUGCCAAUGGAAACCAUAUCGGCUUCAUGGCAGAACAAGAGAAAGGCAUGGGAAAUAUGAUGGCGCGGCAGUGGUUCAAUACCCACCGGAGCUUUGUCACUCAUGUGUUUGACAAACACGAAAAGGAAGUACUGAGGUUCCACCGUCCAUUCUCCUGGAUCAAUUCCCGGAUCCGCGUGUACGAUCCUCUGGAGGUGGCCAAAGGUGCCUAUUCUACGUCCACCGCAGUACAAAUCAACUCUGCAAACUCAUUGGCUCAAGCCUCGGGUGAUUCGAAUGCCCGCGUUUCGUCUCUUAAUUUCGAGGACAUGCGAGUGAUUGGGGAAGCACAACAGCAGUGGGCUCCGCUACGGCGCAAAUAUAACUUAUUCACAUAUCACCGCUCUCCCAAUUCAGCUUUGGACAUGGGAAUGAAGACAUUACCGAUGGAAGAAACCGGCCUGUCCAGCUCUCAGCAAACGCAGCUAGUCAAGACAUCCCAAGCUGAUCAGACUUCGGGUGUCUAUAAUCAGUUCGCCUAUGUGGAUGAGCCUUUUCUGUCGUGGGACUUCUCUCUCCGUUCCGCUGAUAGCCGGCUAAUUGGCUCUGUGAACCGGAAUUUUGCCGGCUUUGCUCGCGAGCUCUUCACUGAUACUGGCGUGUAUGCCUUGAGAAUGGACUCUGCCUCUCUUAGCGAGCAGGCUCCCGAACAAUCCAAUGCCGCGACUGCAAUGAGUCUAGACCAGCGUGCUGUUAUGUUGGCCACCGCCGUCAGCAUUGACUUUGACUACUUCAGUCGCCAUAGCGGCGCCGGUGGCUUUGGCUUCAUGCCCCUCUGGUUUCCCGGUUUUGGCGGAGAGGCUGCCGCUGGGGGAGCUGCCGCUGGGGGGGCUGCUGCUGGCGAGGCUGGAGCCGCUGGCGCCACUGGGGCUGUUGGAGAAGCAGCUGCAGGUACCCUCGGUAGGACUGGGGCUGGUGCCGUUGGCGGCAUAGCCGAUGGUGCCGCAGCAGGGGCAGCAGGCGCCGGCGCCAUGGCGGGGUACGACGCAUUGUCUAGGGGCGCAGGCGCUAAUCAACCUACUCCUCCCGACUCUCAAGCUCCUCCUGUGGGCCAGCAGCCACCGGCACAAGGUCAGACAGGCCCAUAUGGAGAUCUUUGGGCAGAUGAGCCAAACGAGAAUCCAUGGGACCAUCAAGAAGAUCCUAGGGCUCCUGAGGAAGACUCGUGGAUGGAUGAAGACGAUGGCGGAGGCGACGGAGGCGAUGGCGAUGGCUGGGACUUUUUUUGA